GAAGUGAAUGGUUAGGAUAAGAGAUAAGGUUCUCGUGGUGGUAUGCAGUAUUAUUCCAGCAGUGUAAUAAUACUCCAUAUGUCUCUCCGUAGCGAGUUUGACUGAGUAGAUGGGUGACGUUAAGGAGCACCUCCUGGGCUGGCUUCACAGAGCAGCGCGCCUCCAGCUGAUGGCUUGUUCCUGUCAAAGACCAAUUCCGUUACAGGCCAAAUCACCACUAAGAUGUCAGGGUUGUAAUGCUUGGACCAUCAUCUUUUUAUAUUCGUCCUUUUUACUAAUUCAGGUAGUGAUUGUCAGGAUCAUAAACCAAUUCACCAAAAUGUUGGAACUCGAAGCAAUUAAUGAAGCAGCCUUUGUUCCAGUACUGAAUAAAUCAACUUUCUGUAUUGUCACAUCCCAAAUGAGUGGUAAUAAGGGUGCUAUGGUUCAGAAGAAUGCCAUUGUGAUCAAUGAAGGUGGGCUAGUUGUUUCCUCUCUUUCUCCUAUUGUAACCAAAAGUCAUCCGCAAGUGAAUAACCAGUUACAAGUCUUUGGUGCGACAAAUCAGGUAAUGAGCAACAUUUGUUUUUCUACAACCAGAAACGGAUUUUUUGAGUUACAAGUUGAUCAAGAUGAAGAAGAAAAUGGGAGAAGUAGGUUGCAAAAGUUUAAUUAACACAUGCAACGAAGUGUAAUUUGAAGCUUAACUCUACGUUUAAGGUGUUAGACUAAAACACUUUCUGCAGUUGGGAGAACCAGGAGAAUUCUUUUCUUUUC